UUAACAAGUGGAGGAACUAAUAAGCCAAAAGUCAAACGGCAACCAAACAAUCAAUCAAUAAGCCAUUUACCGAGUACUAACCUUUAUUUAAAAAAUGAAAAGAAAAAGGAAACUCUUUAACCACACAAACAAUCAAAACAUGAUGAUUGCAUUACCUCAAAUAAAAGUCAUCAAACAUCAUUUGCACAUAUAAAUCCUUCCAACACCAUAGCCAUCUUUCCUCACCAUGGCUCUUUCAAACAUUACAAUUCCCUUUGCAAUUCUACUAAUUUUCUCACUUUCUUGCUAUGUAGUAUGCUCAAAUGAAAUUCAAGCUAGCUUUAUUCAUUGUCUUUCCAAGCACAUUAGUCUACAAAAGUCAUUUCCAACAUCAUUGUACACCCCAAAUAACACUUCCUUUAGUUCAAUCCUUAACUCCACAGCAUAUAACUUAAGGUACUUAUUACCUUCAGUCGAAAAACCCCAACUAAUCUUCAUUCCAUCACAUGAAUCCCAUGUACAAACAACUGUUAUAUGUGCCAAAAAACAUGGAAUUCAACUCAGGUUUCGAAGUGGGGGGCACGACUAUGAAGGUGUUUCCUAUGCUUCCGAGAUGGGGGACCCAUUUGUAAUUCUAGACCUAUCGAAACUCCGGUCUGUAACUGUUGAUAUCGAUGAUAACAGUGCAUGGGUCGAGGCAGGGGCCACCACAGGGGAAUUCUAUUACAGGAUAUCAGAACACAGUAAGGUGCACGGAUUUCCUGCAGGACUUUGCACCAGUUUGGGUAUAGGAGGUCAUAUUACAGGCGGAGCUUACGGCUCUAUGAUGAGAAAAUAUGGCCUAGGUGUUGAUAAUGUGAUCGAUGUCCAGUUAGUCGAUCCAACCGGGAAAAUUCUUGACCGGAAAUCGAUGGGAGAAGAUUUGUUUUGGGCUGUCAAAGGUGGUGGUGGAGGAAGUUUCGGAGUAAUUCUUGCUUGGAAAGUAAAACUUGUUCCUGUACCUGACACUGUCACAACUUUUACAGUUCCUAGAACAUUGGAACAAGGCUUAACUAAACUCUUAUAUAAAUGGCAGCAAGUUGCUGAUAAACUUGAUGAGGAUCUUUUUAUCAGGGUAGAAUUCAUGCCAGGAACGCGUCCAAACACAACCGAAAAAACUGUACAAGCGUUAUUUAACGCGCUGUAUUUAGGUAGCACAACUCAACUUAUGCAAAUCAUGGGUAAUAAUUUCCCUGAAUUGGAAUUGACAUACAAGGAUUGCAAUGAAAUGAGUUGGAUCGAAUCAGUUGUUUACAUUGGAGGGUACCCUACAGGGACUAGCCCGGAAGUUUUACUUCAAGGGAUGCCCUUAUCUAGGAACUACUUUAAGGCAAAGUCUGAUUUUGUUAGAGAACCGAUCCCCAACACCGGCCUUGAAGGACUUUGGAAGAAGUUGUUAGAGGCUGAAGGGUACUAUCUUAUGAUAUGGAAUCCUUAUGGUGGGAUGAUGAGUAGAAUACCCGAGUCUAAUACCCCGUUUCCUCAUAGGAAAGGUACGAUUUAUAAGAUUCAAUAUGUUGUAGCUUGGAAAGAUGGUGAGAAUAGUGAAAGUAAGAACAUGGCUUGGAUUAGGGACUUAUAUGAUUAUAUGGAGCCUUAUGUGUCUAAGAACCCCAGGGAAGCUUAUGUUAAUUAUAGGGAUCUUGAUUUGGGGAUAAAUAAAGAGGGUGAUGUGAAUGUUAAUGAAGCUAGAGCUUGGGGUUUAAAGUAUUUUAAGAAUAAUUUUGAUAGGUUGGUGAAAAUUAAAACCAAAUUUGAUCCUGAAAACUUUUUCAGGCACGAACAGAGUAUUCCUCCUCUUCCUUCACAUAACAAGAAGAUUAAAAAGGAUGAAAUAUUUCACUAUCAUAAAGUUGGGAAGCAUUACAAAGAACAUGGUUGUUAGUCACCUAAUUUGUGUAUGAAUAGUAGCUUUUUUAUCCUUUGAUGUUGAUCAGAACAGACCUGAUACAACUUAAGCUUUUGGUUAAGUUGGUUUUUUAAUAUGGUAUCGAUUUCAAACAUUAAAGCAGGCUUUUUGGUUGAUUUGGUUAUUGACAUGAAUGUCAUACCUCGAAUGAUCACUUCUUGUGCUCAAACAAGCAAACCUUAUGCUUGAAUGAGUAUGAUUCUCAUGUUUUGGGUGAAGAGAAGAAUAAAGUUUUAUCCUAAGACAAAACAAGUCACCAACCAAAUGAUGUUGAAUCAAUGACCUAAAUUAGAUAAACAUCCUUUUAUGGUAGCAAUGAGAUUAACUUUGAGGAUGUCAAGAGUGUCUUAUUAAUUGUUAUGUAAUAGAAGUAUUUAGUAUAUGUUGACACAAAAUUGCUUGCUAUAACGUGUACAUUUGUAUUGUGUAAUUUGUUUUUCUCAUAUAAAAUGGACUCUAAUUUAUAUA